UCUUCGGUCGACAGAUGACGAGUAGGCGGAGCCUGUCCGUUUUCUUAUAAACCACGUGAGAACCGUGGAAUUAUUCUUCAUAUUCACUGCGACAUUCGCAUGAGCCGGAUCUUCUACAUCGAACAGAAAGGAAGAAAUGAAGACGACGGUCGUUACAAUUCCUAUCAUUGUGGUGCUGAUGGCUGGAUUGACCACGGAAUUGCUAGGUCAUCCUGCUCCCGACAAACGCGCCCAACAUCACAAUCAUCGUCACCAACACACCGACCCUAAUAGCGGCAGAGCUUCGCGUCUCCUUUAUUCUCCGAGAUCGCGUUCGCUCAGCAACAAUAACGUGCCCGACAUGCACACUGCCCUUCGCAGAUUGAGAGAAAGUCAACAAAUGGCGGCGUUAACUGAAAGGCAAACGAACUCAGCUGGGAUUGUUAACGAUCAACAACCAAACGAAAUGGAUGGACCCCAUAUGAAUCGAAGUGAAGAAGACGAGAAUUCUCUUAAAGAGUUGUGUCAUGCCAAAAUAUUGCAAAAAUGCGGAUCGGCCGUGAUUGAAGGUUUCGCCGAGAAUGAUUUGCCUUUGAAUCAAAAGUGUCGCAUCCGAGAAAAUUUCCUUCAUUGCGUCAUCAAAAUGAAGAGACACACGUGUCAUAAACGUACCCGAGAAGACCUACUUUUGACCGAUGAAUAUAUUCGAACUCUUCGUCAGCAGAUACUCACGUUACUUUGGUCGGCUCGUGGUUGCGUCUUGGGCAUUGAAGCACCCAAGUAGCCUAUUACGUCUAACGUACAGUUUAUCCCAUGACAAAGUCCAAUUUUUUUAUUCUUUAUUUAUCUUUACAACUUACAUGCUUAAUCUCAUUUGAUUGACGGCACUAUUCCUCGCGUGGUCGUCCCAUUCAUGAAUGUCUUUAACUGCAACAUUACAAUUGUUCCGAUGUAUCUGAUUAUGUUCAUGUAAUUGGUUCAAC